AUGGCGACGCCGUGGCCGCGAAGGGCGACAUGGCCUACCCCGCUACGCGAGCAUGCUACUUCUCUCGGCACCUUUCUUCACGACGUCCUGGAGGCCAUCGAGCGCAACGGCAGCCAGACCGUGCCAGCAGACCUCGCCGGAGAUGUAAUUCGCGGCGCGUUAACGCUCGUCUUAAAGACGCAACAUACGCCUGACCUGGACACAGUCCGUGACGCCCUCGCAGUCGCACAAACCGAAGCCAAGACCAACGCAGAGCAGACCGCGCAAGCCCUCGACCAGAUCAAGGGCGAACUUAAGAACACCGUAGAUAUCGUGCAACUAGUAGCUGCCAACAUGCAACAGAACGCUAGUACAGUAGAAGAGGCGAGAGCGGCAGCCAAAGAGGCGACACAAGUGGGCAAGGCUACCCUGGAAAUGGCAAGAGAGAUCAAGAACAAAGCACCACAACAGCAGCAGACGAACGGGCCAACAUCGUACGCUGCAGCGGCAGCAAGAGGCCUUCCACUAGCAGGUACAUAUAAUACACAGAGUCGUAGAGCACCUAUCGUGCAAACACAACGUGAGGUCAUCGUGAAUAUUAGAGAUCCACUCACUGUGCAGGCCUUGCGGGCAAUGAACCCACGUAACCUUAAAGCCCACGUCGAGCGUGCAAUCGAGCAGAGCGGCAAUGAGAACAUUAUAGGCGUGAAGAUCGUUUCCUCUAACCAGCUCAAGAGCGGCGACCUCAGCGUCAAGGCAGCCACCAGCACCGAGGUCGAAGCACUACGGCAGUUCGCAGACGACUGGGCCGCGCGCAUCGGCCACGGCGCCAGCAUACAGAUCCCGACGUACGGUGUGCUCGCCCACGGCAUACGCACCAGCACAAUGAACAUGGACAGGUUCGAAGACAACAGAAGCCAGAUCUUGCAGGACAACAGACCGUUCAUCCCGCAGGCUGAGAUCCGCCACAUAGGAUGGCUAACUAGAGACGCUACCGCCAAGACUGCAUCGACUAUCACGAUUGAGUUUACUCGACCAGAAGACGCCAACAAGAUCAUCGACGAGGGCCUUGUCUGGCAGGGCGAGUGCAAGGCAGCAACAGCAUGUGGCUUCUGUGCGCAGGAGCACGACACCCGAGACUGUCCAGCCAAGUCAGACCGGACUAUAGCCAGGAAGUGCACGCUGUGCCGCGGCGAGCACGAAGCGUGGAGCCGACAGUGCCCUAGUAGGAAGGACGAGAUGGCCAAAGCGAAGAUGGCCUACGACACGCGGCCACAGUAUCACUUCGUACCGGAAACGAGGGGAAGAAACGUACAGCCUGAAAUGCCUACUACUAUCCUUAGAAGCAGGUCUAGCCAAAACACAGCGCCGACACAGCCUACGCAGCCCACAAGGAGCAGGUCGCAGGCCCAACGAGGACAAAAGCGGACCAAUACGGGAACUGCAAUCGAUACGACAGACCAGGAGAACGCGCUGCCGGCAGGGAUGAGCAGUCAGCGACCACAGAGAACGAUUAUGCCGAGCCGCAGAGCAUUAGAGGCGAUCAGCGCCAACAUGCGGCUGACCCAAAGCAACACCCAGCACAUGGAGAUCGACUGCGAGACAGAAGCAUGA